AAAAAAAAAAAGGAUAAUUGUACUGAUUACCGGCUGUCUAUAGCUGGUUGUCUCCAAGUAAUGCUGGUAACGGACCGCCGCUGAAUUCAUAUCCUCACUCCGGCUGGCCGUCAACUCAUGCCAGUACCAGCACUCAGCUGUCUCCAAAUCGUCGAGAACAUGCUGUGCAGCCGCCACCUAUAACGACCUCGCUAGGUACUCAUCAGGUUCAAGGGCUGGGAGUAGCACCGGGUCCUGGUUACGCAUCCACGCCCCUCUCAACGACAUCACUAUCUAGUCCAUUUACUCAAGCCUACUCGCCUGCGGUUGCUUCCCCUGGUGGCGCUAUGUUAGGAUCAUCUCCCAUGACGUCCAGACAGUACAAUGUCCCUUAUAAUCCUCAGGAUUGGGGGCCGGUGAGCGGUGCUACUUUGAAUUCCGGACAUCCUGCAUAUCAACAGACGAAUAGUAUGCUUCGUGUCGUGUCACAUCCGCGACAGACCGCAGGUCAUUCAGAAGAAUCUUUAUCACCGCCGCCCCCGCCUUACUCUCCUCCGAGCCAACAACUGCAGCAUCGACAGUCAAGAGAGCAUGUAAAUCAUGACAACUCGAAUAGAGGCUCCGUAUCCCCAUCCGCCGUGCCAUCAUACCACGUUGAACCACAUGUUGAAUAUAGGCAACGAGCCAUUCCCCGAACUCGCCCCUAUCAAUGGCACAUGUCACUUCCCCCGCCUCCUCCACUACCGCAAGGUGCUACAGGAUCGAGGUCAUCAUCGCAGAGCCGCAGACCUCUGCAGUCUUCAUCCUCGGCCAGUGAACAGUACCAUAUGACUCCUACUCCUCAAUUUGAUAAUUUCACUCGUGCACCAGGCUCCAAAAGAGCUGUUUCCGCAGGUCCUAUGGUCGGCAGUGCGAGCUCUUCUAGGGCCACGAGUCAAUCUCGCAGUAUGCCGCUCCCGCCACCUCCUCCGGGGCCUCCUCCUACCGCCAGGUCGCAAAGUGUGAGUGGCCUCUCAGAGACAUCGGGGAUGCGGAACUCGCAGAUCUCGACGCGAAGACGGCCGCCCCCGGUGAUGGGAACUGGUUUGGAUAGCAUCCCACCAACUCCCGCCGGCUGGGUUGAUGAGGGAUCGGGCGAGGGCAGACACAGGCGGGAUAGGGAACUCCCGAACAUUGAUACAUCCAGCGCGGCCCUAGCUAACCGCGGGAUUACUGGGUCAGAAUCCAGGGAUCCCACUCUCAGCUCUCAAAAUUCAGCCAACACUAUUCGAGACGCAAGCGCCAAAGGUAUUCGCGAGAGGCUUUUCGAAGACUUCAGCGCCGUCUCAAGCAAUCAAGUGAAGCCUUCCGAUCUCGUCCUUGACAACUCAAACCCUAGUCAUGGAAACGGGCGGCACCCCAACUCAACAAAGUUUACGCCUCGAAGCACCGCUAGCGCCGGCUCUGACGGGCAGCAACUUGGCACACGGUCGAGGGCAUCCUCUACAGGCCUGUUCUCAGGCCCGGAACCCAGUCCGGCAGGGCAACCUCGCACCUUUGCGCAGACUCCGCCAUUCUCACCCGACAACGAGAAUGCCGCAGCCUCGCAGGCUUUGCCGCCAAAAGCUCUCCCAACGCCCCCGUUACAAACGGGCCAAGACGUGAGAUCAUCGGCUCGGUUGACCCCCAGUGAGGAACGUCCAGUUUCCCACAUAUUACACCUUCCUAACGAUGCUUUGCCAGCUGUGGCUCCGUUGUCUCCCCGACGCCUGGCAGCACAGCAAGGAUCUCAGGAUUUGGGACACAAAGAAUUCAUCGAGAAGGAGGCAAGCGCUGUCAACGAGACGGAGGCCUUGAGAAUCUUCGCGGAUUUCAUCAUUGGCGAGUCUCAGAUCAGGCGCGAGAGAUACGGCAAAGCAGCGCGCCGCAAGCUGUUUGAAUUACCGCCAAAGCCAAUUGUCGAACCGCAGAACAACAUUGCAGCCACUGUAUCCCUUUCUCGGCAGCCUUCACGCGGGCCACGAGCAGUACCGGCAUUAGACAUACCUACAAGCCGCCCCGAAUCUGCCUGGUGGAGCAAUUACAAGCCUUGCUUGUCACCCAUCGCGAGCAUGAGUAUGAGUAACGACGAGAUGAGCUCCAGGGGCCGGGCACCCAGUCGCUGGUGGGAUGAGGGCGGCGAACGAAAGGUUCAGCGAUCAAAGCGAGAGUCAAAGUACAUGGGAGUGCCUCGGGAGGCUAUGCAAUGGGCGGAAGGGCAGGAGUCUCUCGGCGCGAGUCAACAGAGCUACGGAUCAAAUGCAACGAACGAAUAUCCGCCUGAAAAGGUCGGAUGGCAUGAGGAUCAAGAGCCUACUCCCUCGGACUUCCCCAGUUCUGCGCCACUCCAGAAACUCGAUGUCUCGAGGUUGAUUACUCUGCCACCACCCCACCCGGAUCUCGUUGCAUACCGAACGCUGGUGCGAUCAAUCAGCGACCUCUCUGAACUCAAAGCAACAAGACAACGGCAUCAAUCCGAAGUGGAACGCUUAUUAAAGAGCCAUCGGGAGACAUUCAAAGCCAACAUUCAAAGCCAGAUCCAGCAAGGUACCGCUCUAAUCGAAGAAGAAAAUCGACUUGAGAGGGAACUGGUUAAGAAAGAGCUGGAUACGUACCAAGAGUCGGUCAUGAACCCGAUACAUGCUAUUCUAACGGACCGAAUCAACCGAGCUACCACUUGCAUAGACGAAUUAAUCGGAAAGUUGUUUGAUGAUGCACAGCACGAAACUCCGGACCAGACUCAAGAAGAGGGCGACGAGAAGCCGGAAUUGUUGGAGAAGCUUAAACAGCUGAAAUGGCUGUUCGAAGGCCGGGAAGGGUUGCAUCGAGAAGCGUACGAGCUUGUUGCAGAUCGCGAUGAGAAACAAAAGGGAAACGAGGAGAAGGUCCGCGAGACCACCGCCUUCUUUGCCCAAGAUGCUCUUGACCGGCGGGCGGCGUACGAAGCGAAAGCACUGUCCCGUCUCGAAUCCUUCCUAAGUGUGCAGCUGUCAGCGUUCUGGGACAUUGCACCCUCUCUGCUGGCUCUGAUCCAACAAAUCCCGAACGACCUUCGUGGCUUUCAGAUACAGAUCCCUGCCAAAGAGUUUGAAGAGAACCCGAGUUACCACGAGCACCCGCUACAGUACCUCUACACGCUCCUGUCGCACGCGGAGAAAUCCAGCUAUCAGUUCAUCGAGUCCCAAAUUAAUCUGUUCUGCCUGUUGCACGAAGUGAAGUCUGCUGUGAUGGGAGCCAACUGUAAGCUUAUGGAGGCCCAGCGUAUCCGCCAGGGCGAAGCAGAGGAUGCUGUGCGGCGUGAAAUGCACGAAUCCCGCGCAGAUGAAGAGCUCGCGUUGACCAACGAUCUGAAAGAUAAAGUCGCUACAGUGGAGGGUCAAUGGACUGAAGCUCUGGGGAGUCAGAUACAGGACCUCCGAGAGCGAGUGAAGACGUAUCUUAUGAAUGAAAAUGGCUGGGAGGAAUUGGAGCAGUUGGAAGAGGCAUGAGACAGGACAUCUGCUCGCUCCCUCGAUGCUUUAUCUACUUGUUUUGUGUUUACGAAGAUACCCAUAUACGUUCGUUAUGAGAUACUCAUGUUCAGGAGCUAUAUUAUCAGUCUGACCUCAUAGAGAGAAGAUGUAUCCGACCCAUUGAUAUUGUGGUGCCCACUUCUCCUGGGUCCAUAUCACGUGAUCGCUUGGCUUCUAGAGCUUUCCUUUUGAAUCUGC